CCCGGCCAGGGAGGACGCACGGCGUGGCGCGGGGGCUCCCCCCUGGCCUCCUCCGCCAACUUGGAUUCGCUGCCAGCCCGCAACGCGACGAGGAACCCGUCGGUGUCCGCGCCCCCGCGGUACACCGAACGUGUCGUCCUGCCUGUGGCGCGCUCCCCCCGCCGCCGCGCUGCUACAUAACCACCAGCUCCGCACUCGGCGGGAGAAGGAGUGGAGUGGGAGUGAGCAGUGUCGGCUAGAGCCACGGCAAUGAAGCUCAGACCUCUUGGUUGCGGGGCGGCGGCAGUGGCGGAGGGUUUAGUGGGGGCCGGAUGCGGCGGGUGGGGGUGGAGACCGAGGCUGAGGCCGCGCGCAAGGUCAGCAGCGGUGUCGCCCAAGUGUUCCCACGCGGCCGCGGUGCACCCGGAGCACCACGGCCACCGCCGCGUGGGUGGGGUGCUGUUCCGCCCGGUGGGCCUGUUCGGGACGGAGUACGGGUCGGAUCUGGAGGCGCGGAUCGAGAAGGUCAUCUACGCCUGCCGCUUCAUGACCUUCCUCGCCAUUGGCGGCUCGCUCGUCGGCUCCGUCCCAUGCUUCCUCCAGGGCUGCGUUUACGUGAUGGACGCCUUCAUCGAGUACUACCUGCACGGUGGAGGAAAGGUCAUCCUCAUGCUAGUUGAAGCCAUUGACAUGUUUCUCAUCGGAAUGGCCAUGUUUGUCUUUGGGACGGGCCUGUACGAGCUGUUCAUCAGUAAUAUGGACAUUGCAAAGUCAUCCUCUUACGGCUCCAACCUCUUUGGCUUGUUCAGGCUUCCGGAACGCCCCAAAUGGCUUGUAAUCCAGUCGGUGAAUGAUCUUAAGACAAAGCUAGGUCAUGUCAUUGUCAUGGUUCUACUGGUUGGCAUCUUCGAGAAGAGCAAGAGGGUGACCAUCACAUCAUGCACUGACCUCUUUUGCUUCGCCGCGUCGAUUUUCCUCUCUUCAGGUUGUCUCUACUUACUCUCCAGGCUCCACACCACGAAAGGAGGGAGCCAUGCCUGAAAAAUGAGCCUUGUAGAUAAGGAUGGGCCUGUUCUUCUGUUGUGCAACGCCCUUGGUUUAUUGUUGCGUAAUGUAAAAAUUAGAAGGGUGGGGGGGGGGGCAUCAUGUAUAUUGUAACUCGCUACUUGAUGGUGCAUAUAACCAGUUACCAAAAUGGUGUGCAGUGAACUGAUUAUAAUGUUGUCAUGAUUUUCUUGAGAUUUUUUCUUUUCUUUUUAGAGUAUGAGCGCUUUUGUGGAUUGCUUCAGUAUUUCCGAAAAAGAAAAGUUGAGUACGCUCGCCCACAAAUGAGUAGUUCGUUAGUUUUAGAUCGGCAAGAAGUGCACAUAUUGCUACUUCUUCUGAUGUAUUUUAUAAACAGAUUGGGGAGUGGAUAACAUUUUUUAUAUC